GAGGUUGAUGCGGCAGCUGGAGAUGCGACCACUUCCGCACCAGCCGAAGUGGAAGCACCUGCUGCUCCGGCCGUAGAGGAGGAAGUCAAGCCCGUCGUCCACGAGACACGGUUUGGAAUGCUGUUGGAGAAAUUCCGGGCAUGCGAGAUGAAAGACGAAUCCGGAGCGACCACGGACAUCGACAUGCCAAAGUUCUUCGAGGCCUGCGACCUCUACCGCGACAUGCUGUCCAAGCUUGGUUCAGCAGCUGGCUUCAUCUUGAAAGAUAUCGAGGGCAACCUCAAGAAAGCCACGGUGGUCUAUGAUCAGAAGCCCGAAGAGUGCAAUACUUUCUCUGGCUACCUGAAAACGGCCAAAAACGUGGAGGGCGUGACCUGGCUUCUGAGGGGUGUGGAGUUCUUCCUGACCAUGAUCAAGCUGAUGUUCACCCAGGAGGGCGGCGGCGCAGGCGUCGAGGCCUACAAGCAGACUCUGAUGCAGUACCACGGCUGGAUGCUGCAGAAGACCGUGAAGAUCGGCAUGCGCGCAAUGCCCGGAAAGGAUGGCAUCGUGAAGUCCGAGGGAUUGGUCCUAGGC